GUAUAUUACCCCAGCUGUACCUACUGUCUUCUGUCUGUAAGGAAGUCUGUGAUCUAAUGAUAAGUGGAAUACAGCACUAACACGGGGUCCGCUGAUGCUUCCAGGACACGUGGACGUGGAUUGAGACGUGAUUGGGCAGAUAAAAGUCACAAGACUGCUGGAGAAUUUCGUACGAUUGAGGCCCUCGACAGUCUGAGUCUGCGCUUCGGGGAAAAUGAGUGAAUCUUUGGUAGUGUGUGAUGUUGAUGGGGAUUUGGUUAAAAAGUUACGGGAGUUCAGAUUCCGAAAGCAAACCAACAAUGCUGCAAUAAUCAUGAAAAUCGACAAGGACCGGCAGCUCGUCAUCCUUGAUGAGGAACAUGAGGACAUUUCUCCUGAUGCCUUAAAGGAUGAACUGCCUGAAAGACAGCCAAGAUUUGUGGUAUACAGUUAUAAAUACCAGCACGAUGAUGGCCGUGUUUCUUACCCGCUCUGUUUCAUUUUUUCCAGUCCAGCCGGGUGUAAACCUGAGCAGCAGAUGAUGUAUGCUGGAAGUAAAAACAAGUUGGUCCAAACUGUAGAGCUGACCAAGGUAUUUGAAAUUCGAAACACAGAAGACUUGACAGAGGAAUGGCUGCGGGAAAAACUAGGAUUCUUUCGUUAGACGCCUCUCAUCCGACUCAAGGAGGAAAAAAGUUUUGCAGAGGUUUUUUUCCUGCGUUCCUUGUAGUUUAACAUACCUGUAAACCAAGCUGACACAUUCCAAAAUCAUUUUAAGAAAACUGGUCCAGUAAGUCAUUAUAUAUAAAUAAAUGGAUGUUCUUUAAAUUCUAGUCUACAGUUAUCAUUUGUCUGUAUAAAAUGUGGCAUUGAUUUUCUUGGUUUCAAUCUUGUGUGUUUACUCAAAGUUCUCAUACAAUUUAGCAUAAAUUGACUGUUUCCCUAUUGUGGUUGUGUCAUAGAAAUGCUACUAAACACUAAAAGGUUUUUUUUUUUUUUUUUUUUUAAAGAAACCAAAAACAACUGAGUAAAAUAAUUAUGCUAAGACAAUUAUGGGUGUUCCUGGAUUAUUUUUUUUUUUUUUGCCUUUGCACUCAAUACACAAUUUAUUUCAAAUAUUUUAGAGAACUGGACAAAGACAAGUUAUAAAAAAACAAAAAAAAAACAAACAAGAACUACAUGUAGACCUUCCAGUUUCAUUGUCUCUAUCAAUUAAUCUGUUACUAGUAAAAGAAUUGUGAACUGGAGUUACUAUUUGUGUAUUACUGUUUUGUAAUUUAUUUGUCAAUCAUAAAAUGAGUCUCCAGGAUUUAACAAAUUUCUUUUUUUGUUCUUACUCACAAUUUCAGUGUGAAUUUUUGAAACUACUAAAGCACGUUUCAAUAAGCCUUGUUUCCUGUCUUGCCUGGAAUAGGCANCCCCCCCCCCCCCCCCCGACAAAAAUAAGUGAUUAGAAGAUGGAUGCAUGGAUGUUAUUUUGAUAUGGCCUCAUAUUCAAAGUAUAACUACUUUAAUUUCUAUAAUAUUUUUUUCAUGAAAUUUUAUUUCUUAGAUGUGCUAACCAGUUAUUUUAUUUAAAGAAACAAAUGUGUAUUAUUACUAACUGUACUUUGAAUUAAUGCACUGAAGGGAAAGUUCAAUUGAAAAUAGAAUUGCAAAUUUAAAUGAUGUUCCAUUUAGCUGUACAGGAUCCAAUAUAAUUCAAAAGAAUUGAAUUUUGACAAGUUAUGUCUGAGAAAUUAAGUCAACUUUUUCAACAAUGUAUUAAUGGCAUUCAUAUACUGUACCUCUGUAUCUGUGAUUGACGUUGGAUGAACCACUAAUAAUUUUUAAAUAGUGGCCCCAAUAGGGGAGAUUUUUAAUUAUUCCGUACUAUUAUUCAGUGCAAGGUUCUUAAUGUUCUUUUUAAAAAAAUAACAACCAUAACUUGUCUUCUGUAUCUUUUCAUAUUAACAUAGCUUAGUAUAUGUGUACAAACACUAUGAUCUUGUGAACUCAAAGUGAAAUUGUUGUGGGUCCCCACAGAAAAUGGUUACUUAUAUAAUGUUAAAUACAUGGCACAGCACUACUGAUGGGAUAGCACUUCUGUUUACUGAUAUACAGAAUACAGAGUAGCACAAGAUAGGUAAAGUUUUGACAGGAUUAUCUUUAAGACGUGAACAUUUUUUUUCAAUUGGUAUAUCUAUUGUAUUCAUUCAUGUAACAUUGUAGUUUCUGUGACAAACACCAAAAAAGCCUUGGAAUGAUCGUGGGUUCAAGAUACUUCAUUAUGAGGGUUAUUAAAUGAUGUAUAAUAAACCUGGGGUCUGUAUCAUGAAGCUGGUUUUCUUGUGUAGCUGGAGAACUUGUCAUAUUUAAGGUAGUCUGGGCUAAAUGUAAGUGAACAAAGAGUCUGUUUAAACUGGGGUACCUUAAAUCUGGCAAAUCAUCUGGUUAAGAAAGAAUCCCAGCUUUGUGAUAGUCCCCUGGUUUAGUAAUUAAUAAAUGAUUAGCCUGAUUGUGUAUAAUGCAUUGUAUGUAUUCUAUAGCAUUUGUUUCUUUGAAAAAAUGGAGCAGUUUAGACCAAAUUCAGAACAUCAGAAAUAUUUUGUGUAAGUGAACAAACUAGCUAUAAAAAGCGUAGCUAACAUUGAGCUUGUGUCGUUUUGUAUUUGUGCAUGACUAACCUGGUGUAAUAAACAUUUGGGAGUUUACAGAUAUGAAAUGUUCUCCAACCACAGAGUA